AUGCGCUUCACCGCCCUCCUCACUUCCGCCCUCGCCAGCCUGGCCGUGGCGUCCCCAACCGCCCGCUCGGACCAGUCCAGCACUGCUGUCAAGCAGCGCGGUGUCUUGAUUGAAUUCUGCAUCGCUAUUUGCAUGGCCGGGCCGUGUAUUAUUAGCCCUCCUGUCUGCGCGGGCUGCCUUAUCGAGUGCCUGGGCACUGCUGACGAUGGGGGCCCGGUUGUCCUUGACCCUGUCGUCCUCGACAAGGAGUUGGUCGACAAGGUCGAGGGGUAUACGCCUCACGUUGGCCACGCCUAACUUUCCCGGACGAGGGACACUGCAAGUGGUCAUGGAAGGGGAUGAGGUGAGGUGGUUACCUUCACAUAGAGGUCGCCUAGGACUGGUGUACCAGAACUCGUCCCUGAUGAAGGGUGAAAAUUGUGGAUGGAGUGUGCUUUGUCAACCAUCGAACCCUGCCUCUUACCUAAAGGGUAGAAGUACAAUUCUCCGCUGAAACGACGUUGUCUGAUGCUGAUGACCAGAUCGGAAAAGUCUCCUUCAACCACUGCUAUUAAGUCGAAGCUCGUAGCAGACUUCAAGUUCUCUG